CCUUCCCUCGGCAAGCAUGGCGGGUUGGAUUAGCUCAGUAGUGUUGUCUGCUGCAGCAGUUAUCACACUGGGGUUUCCGUAUCCUGAUGCAGAAUAUAAUAUCCCUAAUGUAGGUGUUGGCAGGAGAUCACAGUUUUAUGUUCUACACGCUGAUGGGGGAUACAAGUACGGAUAUGACACUAAAGAAGGCACCUACGAGAAAGCUAAAUCGGAUUCCCCAGGAACUGUAAUGGGAUCUUUCGGUUAUACUGAUCCAACUGGAACAGAUGUUCAGCUCGAUUAUACAGCUGAUAAUAGAGGUUUUAUACCUAAGGGCACGCAUCUUCCUCAGGCUCCUAGUGCAGCUAUUGGUGAACUCCCUACAACUAAUAUAGAAUAUGUUCGCCCUGUUACAUAUUCAUCCCCAAACACUCCUGAAACUAGAUCUGAUGCAAGUUACAGCUUUAACUAUGAGACUGAUACCAGUUCCCGUUCUGAAAGUGCUGAUUCCGAUUUAAAUGUUCAAGGAACUUACAGUUUUAGACCUGAUGAUGGAGUUCGUCGAACUGUCAGCUAUAGAGCAGGGAGUGGAAUUGGUUUUGUAGCCGAAGGAUCCCACUUACCUGUAGCUUCUUCAGAAUCAGGAGCCUCCACGGCAUCUCGACCUGUAGCAGCAACGAAAGCUUCAUCUACUACAUAUUCAGCACCAUCUAGAGUGGCUUCUGUUGGAGGCUCUUCAUCUCCUGAUGGAAGCUACAGUUUCGACUACAAAACUGAUGAUAGUUCCCGGUCAGAGAGUGCUGACACGGACCUAAAUGUCCAAGGAACAUACAGUUUUAGAUCAGAUGAUGGAGUUCAAAGAACUGUGAAUUACAGAGCAGGGAGUGGAACUGGUUUUGUUGCCGAAGGGUCUCACUUACCUGUAGCUCCUUUAGGAUCAGGUGCCUCCACAGCAUCUCGACCUGCAGCAGCAACGAGGGCUUCCUCUCCAACUACAUAUUCUGCACCUUCUCAGGUGGCUUCUGUUAGAAGCUCUUCAUCUCCUGACACCAGCUACAGCUUUAACUAUAAGACUGAUGAUAGUUCCCGGUCAGAGAUUGCUGACUCUGCCUUGAAUGUCCAAGGAUCUUUUAGUUUUAGACCUGAUGAUGGAAUUCAAAGAACUGUGAAUUACAGAGCAGGGAGCGGAACUGGUUUUGUUGCUGAGGGGUCUCAUUUGCCUGUUGCCCCAUCAAGUGCAUCUGAAACAAGGCCAAGUGUAUCAUCUCCAGUGGCUACAAAGAAAGGUCGCCCUACUACUUAUUCAGCAUCUCAAGUGCCGCAGGUGAAAAGUUCUUCAUCUCCUGAUGGAAGUUACAGCUUUAACUAUGAGACUGAUACCAGUUCUCGUUCUGAGAGUGCUGACUCUGACCUGAAUGUCCGAGGAACAUAUAGUUUUAGUCCUGAUGAUGGAGUUCAAAGAACUGUGAAUUAUAGAGCAGGAAGUGGUAUUGGAUUUGUUGCUGAAGGAUCCCACUUCCCUGUAGCUCCUUCAGGAUCAGGAGCUUCCACUGCAUCUCAACCUGUUUCUUCCUCUUCUACUACAUAUUCUGCACCUUCUGAAGUAGACUCUUUUGGAAGCUCUUCAUCUUCUGACGGAAGUUACAGUUUCAGCUAUAAAACUGAUGAUAGUUCUCGGUCAGAGAGUGCUGACUCUGCCUUGAAUGUCCAAGGAUCUUAUAGUUUUAGACCUAAUGAUGGAGUUCAAAGAACUGUAAAUUACAGGGCAGGGAGUGGAACAGGUUUUGUUGCCGAAGGGUCUCACUUACCUGUAGCUCCUACAGGGUCAGGAGCCUCCAUAGCAUCUCGACCUGUAGCAGCAACAAAGGAUUCAUCUACUACUUAUUCAGCACUAUCUGGAGUGGCUUCUGUUGGAAGCUCUUCAUCUCCUGAUGGAAGUUACAGCUUCAACUACAAGACUGAUGAUAGCUCUCGGUCAGAGAGUGCUGACUCCGACCUGAAUGUCCAAGGAACUUACAGUUUUAAACCUGAUGAUGGAGUUCAAAGGACUGUGACUUACAGAGCAGGGAGUGGAACUGGUUUUGUUGCCGAAGGGUCUCAUUUACCUGUAGCUCCUACAGGGUCAGGAGCCUCCAUAGCAUCUCGACCUGUAGCAUCAACGGAGGAUUCAUCUCCUACUACAUAUUCAGCACCAUCUGGAGUGGCUUCUAUUGGAAGCUCUUCAUCUCCUGAUGGAAGUUACAGCUUCAGCUACGAAACUGAUGAUAGCUCUCGGUCAGAGAGUGCUGACUCUGCCUUGAAUGUCCAAGGAUCUUAUAGUUUUAGACCUGACGAUGGUGUUCAAAGAACUGUAAAUUACAGAGCAGGGAGUGGAACAGGUUUUGUUGCUGAAGGGUCUCACUUACCUACAGCUCCUACAGGGUCAGGAGCCUCCACAGCAUCUCGACCUGUAGCAGCAACAAAGGAUUCAUCUCCUACUACUUAUUCAGUACCACCUGGAGUGGCUUCUGUUGGAAGCUCUUCAUCUCCUGAUGGAAGUUACAGCUUCAACUACAAGACUGAUGAUAGCUCUCGGUCAGAGAGUGCUGACUCCGACCUGAAUGUCCAAGGAACUUACAGUUUUAAACCUGAUGAUGGAGUUCAAAGGACUGUGACUUACAGAGCAGGGAGUGGAACUGGCUUUGUUGCCGAAGGGUCUCACUUACCUGUUGCCCCAUCAGGUACAUCUAGAACAAGGCCGAGUGUAUCACCUGCAGUGGCUACAAAGAGUGCUCGGCCUUCUACCUACUCAGCACCUUCUGGAACAGCUCAAGUCAAAAGUUCUUCAUCCUCUGAUGGGAGUUACAGCUUUAACUAUGAUGCUGAUACCAGUUCCCGAGCUGAGAGUGCUGAUUCCAAUCUGAAUGUGCAGGGGACUUACAGUUUUAAUGCUGAUGAUGGAAUCCAGCGAACUGUAAAUUAUCGAGCAGGUUCUGCAACUGGUUUUAUUGCUGAAGGCAAACACUUGCCUACUGCUUCAACAUAUGUAUCAAGUCAUUCUCAACCUCUUAUUACUUUCAAAAGCUCACCUUCAUCAGUUUCUCUCUCAUCACCUGGGGUCCAAUCUUCUCGAAGCCGCAAUGUAGGUAAUGUUUUGCUCCACCAAUAUGAUUCAACUAACAAGUCUGGGAAAUAUGGCUAUGUGUUUACUGAACUGCGUCGUUAGUCAUAAGCAUAGCUAAUGACAAGACACAAGACCUUUAUGCUACCUGCACUGCUCGGAUCUCAGCGUUUGAUUGUGUUGUAAAUAUCAAUAAUUGCACUAAAAAUGUCACAAAAAAUAAACUGCAUGAGAACA